CUUUGUAUAAAGGUAGGUAAGUUCUAUGUUUGUGCUUUUUGUGGUGUACAAAAUAUUAACGUAUGUUCAAUUGCCUAUAAUAUCAACAGUGCAAGUUUGUUAUUCUUUAAUGUGCACUCCCCUUACUAUCAAACUUUUUGGUUGCGACUUACUUCCCUUUUCCUCGACCUUAGUUAAUUUAUUGAAACCUUGAUAUAUCUUCAUUUUAUGGAAGCAAAUUUGGUGCACCAUGUCAUUUCUACGUGUUAUAUCUCUCAAACAAAGAACAUGCUCACGUAAACAUGCAUAAUUACAAAUCAUACAGUUACACACUACACACCAUCUUUAAUUCAGAAAAGAACGGAUACAGACGAUUUCGUCACACUAAUUAUUAUACAAUGUUUAUACUCCUACUUUAACCUUAAAAUGUUCAUCCAAUAAAGCGGAUAAAAUUGUCGUAAGGGUCAAAGUUUCCAUUACUGGGAAGUGAGAAUGAGUUUUGCUGAUGAAAUAUUUGUUAAAAGACAGCAACUGAAGCACGUCUCGACUGUCUUAACUCAUACUGAUGGCACAAAGGUUUUAACAAGCAACUUGACUUGUGGGGACAAAGUCUGUGCAGUAAUUGAUGGAGCUUGUAAUCUUGAACAUUUAAGGCUGCAAAAAAUUACUCAUAUUGUUAAUGUUGCCACAGGAAUUGUAAAUCAAUUUCCAAAUGAGUUUCAGUACAAAACAGUCGAAAUUUUGGAUUUACCUGAAACAAGAAUAGGUCAGCAUUUUGCUGAGCUGUCCUCAUUUAUUGAAAAGGGACUGGAGGAUGGAAAGGUUUUGGUUCAUUGCAAUGCAGGGGUGUCCAGGUCUUCGACUGUUGUCAUUGCUUACCUUAUGAAAUCUAAGAAUAUUGGGUUAGAUGAUGCAUUUCAUUUGGUAAAGAAAGCAUGACCAACAGCAAAACCUAAUGAAGGUUUUUGGAGGCAGCUGAAGGAAUAUGAUUUAUUAUUAAGACAAUCAAACACUCCAAGUGAUUGAAGAAUAAACAAAUAAUGGUAAACCAUUCUUGUAUAAUGGUUGAAUAUGCACAUGAGCAGAGUGAAAGGCAGAAUCAAAAUUAAUGGUCAACCGUUCUUGUUUGGUGCUGCAACAUACACAUGAGCCAAGUGAAAGGACCAAAAUUAAUGGUGAACCAUUCUUGUAUGGUGCUACAACAUGCACAUGAGCCAUGUGAAAUGAAGAACAAAAUAUAAUGGUGAACCAUUCCUGUAUGAUGCUACAACAUGCACAUGAGCCAAGUGAAAGGACCAAAAUUAAUGGUGAACCAUUCCUGUAUGAUGAUAGAAUAUACAGUGAAACUAAACAAUAUAAUCCAAUAAGGUUAUUGUAUACAAUGUUUGAUGUUUCCUGAAAUCCAAUAGUCAUUGAAAUUGUUGCUUUUGAAUACUUAGUAAACUCAACUUAUACCAUAA